CAGGUCGUCUCCAUCAGACUGGCAGAAAUUCAAGGUGGUCUGGAAUGGCCGUUGCCAGUGUACGGUAUGAUUGCUGUCAGAGACCACGUGGAUCACAAUCGCAACCUUCUGUUUGCCUGCUAUAGGAGCAGGUGUCAGAUACUCAAGGAAAAGGAGCCCUUUUUGGCCUUGACUGGCCCCUCCCGUGCAAUUGUGUGCGAGGAAUCGGUUGACUUUGAAAUCCAACUGAAAGUAAGAGGUACAACAGAGUCCGAAGAUAGAGCAUUGAUCACUGGUGUGUGCACUUACAACAGAGGGGAUGAUACUGUUUUCUUUACCAACUGCUUCUGCACCAUAGAGUUUAGAUUGGAGGUACUUCAGGAAGCAGUCCAGGCCACUGUUUUGGGCGUCCGUGUCAAAGACGGGUCAUGGCCUUCUGGAUGGGGAGGCCGAGUCGCUUGCUCAGUCAUUGAUGGUGAAAUUGACGUCACAUCCGGGCAACUUGAGCUGCUUGUUUCUCGUGGAAGUGCCAUGCCCGUGACUUCUGAGGGUUACCUUCUUCUGUCAAGGAAUGUCGUUUCUGUAGAUGUUAACAGGAGCCUGAAUUUUCUCCUAGAGGCCUGCUUACCAUCUGGUGAUACCAUUGCACAAAAAGAAUUGUCCUUCGAACCCAAACUUUGCAACAUAAGUCAGGAUAGUUGUGAACUUAAGGGUAUUGAGUUGGAGAUCACUGUUGCUUGGUCUAGUCUUGUUUCUGAGAAGCGGGGUAUUUCGGUACAAGGAUGUGUUGGUGACGAGGAGCAGGACUGGGACGUUGCAUCAAUGGAGCAGCAAGUGCCGAAGAUAGACUCCAAAUUGACAUCGGAGAUGAGUCUGGAUACCAGUGAAUUGGCGAAUGAAUCGAAUACCUCCAUGUUCGUACCAAACAAGUCAAUACUUGAACCUGCAGAUUCUGUUGCCACCAACACAGGUUAUGAUGUUGAGAAGAUGGAUAGAGGCAAAUCAGACGAACAAUGA